AUGUCGGACGAGUGUGACGUCAACACCAAAGAAGAGAAGGGAGGGACAUUCCUGUGUGAGAGCUGCGGCCUUCGCGAGACCUACCACUACUACGGGCGGAGGCCUCCCUUCCAUCGUGGGGUCACAUUCCUGGAAGACUGUUACCUGAUGCGUGACCCGUUCCAGAGCCAGCCCACAGGAUCUUUCUUGCUCCUAGGGUCGUCAUGCACUGCUUGUGGUAGAGUGGUGUGUCAGGCAGCCUCAUGCAGCCUCUUCUACACUACCAGGUUUUGUGGGGCUUGUGCUGAAGACAAUCUGAAGGAGUUUCCUACCGAAAUGCAGCAGCGCAUCACUAAAAAGCGAACUCAACAGAAGACAAUGUAA